UCAGAAGAAUCACGGGUUCUACAACAGAAUCUAAAAACAUCCACUGAUCAAUACCCAAGUGGAUCAUCUCGUUUGUUACAGUAUAGCUGCAGGAAAUCAGGUUGUUUUACAUCUCUUCACUGAAUAUUCCUGAUCGCGGAAGACAUACCUCAUUCACCUGUCGCAGGGCUUAUGUGUACAAUAAGUACAUGCGUGCACCUAACGUACGCGGAAUUCGAGAAUAAGUUGUAUUUGGGAUCAGAUAGACCGCUGCGAGUACAGUAAGGAGUUAUAAAGUUAGCUAAAAACCCAUUCAGCUCUUGCAAUUUGCCGAAUUUCAGAAUGCAGCAUGGUGUGUUGCAUGAGACGUCGCUGAGCGCAUUUGUUGAUUGUAACAACGGGAGCGUUUCCAUAAUGAUUUGUUGCUUUUAAAAGUUUACCCGUAACUAUAAAGAGAUUAUCAGGCGUAAAAAUCUGAAUUCCCAGUAUUUAUUAGAUUACUGACCAUUUCGAAAACUUUUUGCUGACAAAGGAAUGAAACCACUUUUAUUCAGAUGCUUAAGUUUUUCCAGCAGUUUUUGAUGAAUGUCAUAAAGCGCUAUUAAUUUUUUCUCAUGCUUUGGGCGAGAAUAUUGACGCACUCCGAAAUAAUCACGGCAGAUGAUAUUUAAACCGGACUAGCACAGGCGUUAAUCCCGCGGAUUUCCUUUUAAGCCGGGUUCUGUCAUCAGCCAAAAGAUUGGCCGGCUUACGUCGCGGCAUCUCCAGACAGCUCGCUUAUCGCAACAUAUACAGAUAUACGCGGAUGCAUAUACUGUGUCCUGCGUGCGCGCCCUCAACAAAAUCCAAUUUCUGCAACCUACACUUCCGCGCCGAACAUGCUUCCUGUGUGGCAUGAUACGAUUUGCGCUGGAAAUUAUUCAACAAAUACACCAUUAGGAUUUCUUCCAGGCAGUUAGUUGGCUUGGAUUACUAUUCCAGGACAAAUGCUGGUCGAUUGUGGUUAAGUGUAUUCCAUUAUUGGGCCAAGGGAAGCCGAAAUACAAUAUUAUGGAUAUAUGCGCGGGGAUACACUAGCCGUGCUGGCUGGGCAAACGUGCAGUGCUUUCUCAAGUGGAUAUAACCAUCGAUCCAGUUAACGUAAACUGUACGGGAAAAAGGGGGAAACACGUUUACACUUGGAUAUAUAUCUGCCACGCGCGCAUUAGACCACCUGAUUCGCAGCCGGGCAGCAACUGCUCACGAUGCAGUCGGUUGGGCAAAUUUCUUUGGACAGUAUCAAUCCCUCUGCGAUCAACUGCUCAUUUUCCUGUCGACACUUUCAAUUUUUGAUCAAAUGAUUUUUCCCCUUCCAACAUAUGGACAGGGACAUGACCGAAUUCUCCACGGACCAUUAGGACAGAAGAGUAUUAGUAGGCCAAGACGGGAGUUGCGCCGUUGACGAGCUAUAGCAACUCUGGACACUGCAGCUGUUGUACAUGUUUUUAUUUUUUGUACACAACUAUGCAAUAAACCUGAUAUGUGCGGUAUAUGCACCCGAGACAUGCUUAUGCUGUUGCACAUCCUGUCCGACUAAUUUUAAGCUGCGAUAACUGGAUGAUUAUUGACGUGUUUAUGCACAAGAUGUGUGAGUCGAUAAUAUCCUGAGGACGUUAAAAGAAAGGACGAAAUGAAUACUACCGGAAAUGACUUAAAAUUGUCGCAAGAAUCACUGAAACGCAGCGGAUCCCUGGACGAGCUGCGGCCCGAUGAGAGAUCCUUUAGAGAAAAACCUGGAUUACUCCGGCGCGUCUUUACUGGCUCGCGUCGUAAAAAGGGAAAAAAGUUUAUAGCAAAUUUACAGCUCUCACCGCUUGGUGCAGACUCCAGCUUUUUACCGAAUUCAUCGGAAUCCCCGGGAAGUUCGCCUAGCGCGGAUCUCUCUAUCCGGAGAGGGGUAUUUAGCCGAAGGCAUUACGGCUCGGUGGAGUUGCUGGCCAGACGAGCUGACGAUGUUGACGAGGGAAGCCGCUUCCGAGUGGAAAAUGGAGAACGACGAGGACGUGAAACUGACUCAUAUCAUUCCCCAUCUACACCACUUUUGGAAAACCCUGAAUACCAGACAAGAUGGUACUUCAAAUACUUCUUGGGAAGGCAUCACCAAAAUUACAUUGGAAUGGAUUCCGACAAAAAUCCAUUUGUAUUAUCCAUUUUACUAUCUGACGCAAAUGAUCACCAGAUCCAGCAAUACCGCGCAAUUUUAUGGCGAAGAACGGGAACGGAAAAAAUCUGCUUGCCUUACAAUCCCGGCAAGCCCCUGACCGUACGGAGCGUGUUGGGCUGCUUCUCGAGGAUGCACAAAAUUGAGAAAGGACCUAAGGAAAUAUUGACGCCCUCCAUACUCAAAGAUCUGCUUGUCCUUGAGGAGCAAGAGGGAUCUGUGAAUUUCAAAUUCGGCGUGAUAUACGCGAUGUCCGGCCAGACAGCCGAUAACGAAAUGUUCAGCAAUAAGACCGGAAGUGACACGUUCAGCAAGUUUGUCUCACUACUGGGCGACCGCGUCAAGCUGAAGUCCUGGGAUCGAUACCGCGGCGGACUGGAUACGAAGAGCGAUACGACCGGCACCGAGUCCAUUUAUACUGUCUACGAAGGCCAUGAGAUUAUGUUCCACAUUUCCACGCUGCUGCCCUAUUCCAGCGAUAAUCCCCAGCAAGUUGAACGGAAGCGCCAUAUUGGCAAUGAUAUUGUUAAUAUCGUAUUCUGGGACUGUCCGCCUGGAGAGCAGCCGACGUUCAGUCCGCAGAUGGUUAAAUCGCAGUUCACACAUGUUUUUGCCGUUGUCUCCUGGGAUGCGGAAAAUCGCGCAUACCGGCUGCAAGUUUUCUCAGAGGAAUCCGUUCCUUUAUUUGGCCCACCGCUUCCGGUUCCCUCUCUGUUUUAUGAUUUCCAGGAAUUUCGAGAGUUUCUCAUCGUUAAGUGUAUAAACGGUGAAAAGGCGGCCUUUAAUACUCCCACAUUUGCCCAGAAAAGGGAACGCACGCUGGACUCUUUGCUGCGUGACCUUUAUGCUGAGCAUAUGCAUGGAGACAACCGGGUAAUGUUAUCGCGACGCGCCUUCAGUGAUGCGUUAGUCGAACCGUCUUUGACGAGCAAGUCUACAAAUAAAAAGGAGGAAGCCCGACAAGUGGAGUUUUCUCGCAUCGGGCAAGCGCUGAAGUUAGAUACAAUUAUGAAGGGCGACGCUCCGACAAGCUUGGCUACAUCCAGCUCAUCGAAAAAGGAGCCUUGGCAGCCACAAUGUUUUUUCCCGGACUUCGCCUAUGAGAUUAUUUGUGGUGACUCUUGGGGAAGCGAACGGUUAAUAAUUGCUACCGAGACGGCCGGAGCAUUUGUCAUAGAAGAGGGAAUGCUACCACAUCCGAUUUUCGAAAGAUCAGCUAUAAUCCGACAGAUUGCCGUCGUGGAAGACCACGGAAUCCUCAUCGCCCGCAUGGACAAAGGCAAAGAAAGCCGGCUGUACGUGUUCCGCUUAAAGGACUUUGAAACCGAACCCACCGCCUUUUACACGAAAUCCGACUGCAAAGAUCACAAACUCGAAGGCAGUAAAGGCUGCUUGUUUUUUACCCUAAAUCGACCAGGAGGAAACUAUCUCCGGAUGGCCAUCGCAAUGAACCGGAAGAUCAUCUUAAUGCAGUGGAAGCACUCAAUAGCGUACUCAGCGCUGUGUCCUCACGAGGAUACCAUUAACGGGUUUGUCCCGCUCCAAGAACUCAGUCUGAACGAAACGCCCGUCCUCAUCUCGCUAAUAGACGGAGUUAAUGGCCCGGAAAACAAAGUCUGCGUGGGAUACCGAAAUUCUUUUGAUCUUAUCAAUGAGAGAACGGGAGAGGUCAUUAGUUUAUACCAAACCGAAGCCGGAAAGACCAAUCUGGUAGCCGCUCUGGACGUUUGUGAGGACGACGAAAAAGAGCUUUUGCUGUGUUAUCACAACACAUGCCAUUUCCAAAAAUUGGAUGGCUCUCAUAACACCGAGGAAUUCGAUUUCCAAUGGUGCUCUGUGCCUGAAAAUAUUGUUUGCGCAUCGCCGUAUGUGAUUGCCUUCAAUGCAGAAGGGCUUGAAAUAAGACUGCUCAUCAAUGGAAACCUUGUAUAUUCCGGAACUAUGCCGGAAAUGAAACUGAUCACUUCAAAAACCGAUAUAUUCUUCGCCACGACAGCUCCCGAAUUCUAUCCGUGGCCGACCGCUUCGGGUGGUCGCGAAGGCGCAGUGCUCAUUUCCAAAGAAAAUACGCCAUCCGGAAGUGGACUUUCAAGCCCUAACUCGCCGAAUACAGCAAAAAAGCCCUUCCGAAUUUACAAAGUAUCGAUUCGAGCGCUGACUGGCCAGUGGAAGAAGGAGCCCAACGGAUCUCGCACGAUGCCCGCAUCCCCGAAUCUUUCUCACAGAAUGGCUCACCAUAAUGCCCCCUCUAUCCAGAUUCCUGAUAAUCUAUCCGACCGUGAUUCUCCGUCCCCCAGAUUAUACGAGAACACCCGGUUAGGUCUCCCGCGUACUAAACAUCGCACUGACACCGCUAGCACCGAUUCCGGUGUGCCAACGAGCUAUAAUUCCGUUUCCUCAACCAGUUCCCCGCCGGCGUCACCAGUCUGAUAUUUUUCUCACAGCUGCUGAUGCUGCUGCAUUUCUCAGGCCUCUUGCCGAAAACGAUCUCAUCGUCUAGUCAAGGAUGUUUUUCCAUACAAGUUUUACAUGUCCUACUUCGUAAACGAAACCGGUUGACCGUAGAUCUAUUUAGAUUUUUUUAUUUUUUCGGAAAGAGAUGAAACUGCUCUUUGGGAUCUUUCCAUAAGCUAAUCCCAUAUAGAUCUUCAAUGUUCUGGUUCCUUUCGUUGAAAUUAUCCGGUAAUCGCUCGAAAGAUGUUUCACCAAAAAUACCGAAUAUGCCACCAGUAUGAAUAAAGAGAGAAUCCCCUUCGUAAAUGUCUGCUCCGCU